CAGUUUGAUAUCACACAGAACAAUGUUUCACUGUUUCACCUGAACUAUAAAGUGCCAUCAUUAUAUAGUCGUCUUCUUUGUAUUGUGCAUAUAUUGUUGAAGCACGAGCAGGACAAGUAAUCACAAUUGGAACGGUUAAAAUUUGAAUUUAAGUAAUAUCAUUCACCUAUCACAAUGUCACCCUCUUCUCUAAUGACAUUGGUCAUUACCACAGUGGUAUUAUCAUCCAAAAUAUGUACUGCUUGUGUAUGCAUUCAGAUAGCUGAUGAAUCCAAGAUAUGCCUCUCUGACUUUGCUAUUUCUGGCUCUCUGCUCGAGACCAACUCAAUAAGUGGAAGUGGGACAAACUCAUCCGACGAGAUCGACUACCGUGUCUCCGUCGGUACAGUACACCGUAGUUCUCGAACUCUUCCUUCUAAGAUGUCAAUCGUUACAGAAACACAUACAUGUGGAUUCACUGAUCUCCAGACCAAUAGAACUUACUUCAUCUCUGGACAAAUUCAGGAUGGGAAGUACAGAAUCAAUCGUUGUUCAUCAGUGGUGGCUAAAUACGGUCCAGACAACGUCCCUUAUCGUGACUCUGAUGUCAAGGUCAUUGUCAAUGUCACAUGUCCUAUAGAGACAGAGGAGAAAGAUGAUGAUUCAAAUUCAAAUUCAAAUUCAAAUGAUGAUGGCAACUCAGCUGUUCUUCCAACAUCUAAUGUUGGUCUUCUUGCUUUUUUUGCUUUGUGUGCCGGGAUUUUGAAGAAAUUUUAGAAUCAUUGAGGUGGUGAUCGACCGUCAUGAAUCACUGAUCAUCCUCGUGAUAGGACCAUGCAGGGUCCUGGGAACAUUUUUUUCUCCACUGGGGAUGCUGAUGCAAAUUUGAAAAG